AUGACGAAAGUGGGCUUCGCUCAUAGCGUCGUUCCCUGGCACAGAGCGCAUCUCGCGCGAGAGAAGCAAGCCUACCUCGACGUGACCUGCAGGGACGUUGAGGGCCUGGGGUGUCACAUCAUCAUCCCACCAAGCACGGCUGGAAAUGUGGCAGUCCCAACCACAUCGAGGCCAACUGCCCACAUUUGGGCCGGCAAGCCCCCCCCCCCGGGUCCCGUCCUGCACAAUGUGUUCAUCUUCAACGUCGCCGCCGGUACCAACAUGGCCGGCAUGCUAGCCGGUUGGGUGGUGGCCAUGGUGAGAUAG